GUUAAUGGAGUCAGAAGGACCCCCAGAGUCAGAGAGUUCAGAAAAAUCAGUAUUUUUCUCACAGCAAGAAGAAAAGGAAGAAGAUGAUAAUGAAGAAGAAGAAUCCAAAGAAGCAGAGGAAACUGCCACCAUUAAUCCCCUCUUACCCCCUGCUCUCACAGGGGAUGUAGAAGGUUUGCAGAAGAUUUUUGAGGAUUCUGAGAACCCUCACCAUGAACAGGCCAUGCAGCUACUCUUGGAAGAAGACAUUGCUGGGAGAAAUUUGUUGUAUGCAGCUUGCAUGGCUGGGCAAAGUGAUGUGAUUAGAGCUUUAGCCAAAUAUGGUGUGAAUCUGAAUGAAAAAACCACCAGAGGUUACACACUCCUACACUGUGCUGCAGCCUGGGGUCGUUUGGAAACUUUGAAAGCAUUGGUGGAAUUGGAUGUUGAUAUAGAAUCUCUGAACUUCCAGGAAGAGCGAGCUCGAGAUGUUGCUGCUCGGUAUUCCCAGACUGAGUGUGUUGAGUUCCUGGACCGGGCAGAUGCAAGGCUGGCGCUGAAAAAAUAUAUUGCAAAGGUCUCUGCAAUUGUUACAGAUACAGCAAAGGGACCAGGGAAGCUUUUUAAGGAAGACAAGAAUACCAUCCUCAAUGCAUGCCGUAUAAAAAAUGAAUGGCUGGAAACCCAUUUAGAAGCUUCCAUUAAUGAGCUUUUUGAGCAGAAACAGCAAUUGGAAGAUAUUGUGACUCCUAUCUUCACAAAAAUGGCUACACCACGUCAAGUGAAAAGUGCCAAAUCUGUAUUCUAAGCUAUGGUCAGAAAAGAAGUCUUAUAAAAGGCCGCAUCUUCUUCUGUAUCUAUAAAGGCAAACCUAUUCAUGCCGACUGAAGUUAAAUAGAUGUGGGGUUUUAUAAAAAUGUUUAAGUAUGAAAUUAAAUCACCCUUGUUUCGUUUUACCCCAUUCAGCAUGCUUAUGUCCAGACUCUCUGGCCUUGCCUCUGCCUCUGCAAGUCAGUUUCAUGUGAGUUCCACGUGCUCCUUCCAGAGAGCACUUGGCUGUGAGUCACUCACAAAGACCAUAUGGAAGCUUUAAAAGCUACUUAGAGAAUCUAACAAUUUUCUGUGUAACUAAGGCAGGAAAUUUCUGUUCAAGUGAGGAAUUCUAUUAAAAAAAAAAAGACAUGUUGGCCAUUUCCAGAAGAAAAAUGUGUUGUCCCUUUCUCAAAAGGAAAGCUAUGGGAUGACAUUCUGGAGCAAGGAAAUAUUAAGGAUGGUUUGCAUCAGGGUCCUCUGCUUAUACAACUAUGACUUUUUAUGUCCAAAUUAAAAUUCACCUUUAAGGUGGGAUAUAUCUUAGUAAAUCUUUCUGUUUCUUUAUCUUUAACACCCUUGUCUUUAAAUUAAUAAAUACAAAUCUGUUUAGUUUUAUAUUUAGAUUUCCACUACUCAGUAGGUUUAGCAAUAUAGUUAUUAUAUCUGUACUACAUGCCAUUUUCCUUUUGUUUUAUAUUACCUACAUUUUAGAUAUCAUUGUUGGUUUCAUAUUAGCGAUUUGGAAUGUCCUUUUUUCUACUUUGUCUAAGAGUCCCUGAACCUUCUACUACUCUGUGACUUUCCGGAAAAGUUUUAUAGAAAGAAAAUUAUUCUCUUCUUUGUCCCAUCCUGAAAGCUAGUUUUUCGUUGUUGAGGGGAAGGAAAAGAAAUGAGCAAUUCAGUAAUUCCUUGUCAGUUGGCAUUUUCUCAUCCAUGAUUUUGAGGUAACACUGUCUCACAAAUUUAAAAGUUUU